AUGCGGAGCGGAAGUCGGAGAAGCCGAACUUUUGACAUUUCACACAUCUUUCACGCAAACGACAACAUGCCCCCAGAAAGAACUCACCUAGCAUGUCAGAGGUGUAGGAAGAAAAAACGCCGGUGUAAUGGUUACCAGCCUUGCCGCAACUGCUCCAACGCAGUGCAGGAAUGCAUCUACGACGAACCGCCCAAACGGGGACAAUCAAGCAAGCAUCUCGAAGUCGAAAGAAGCUCAGUCCAAGAGACACCGAUGCAGCCCAAUACAGAGAAAAGCACCGAACUGAACUCUGGAGACAUAAUGGCCAAGCGACUCGGGCUCAGGACCGACCCAUCACUCGCCGGAGCGCGUUGGUGCUCGUGGAAUUUCCGUUUUCGCAAAGAGCUUUAUUCCAUGCGAGAAACUCGAUCACUCAACAGAAUAUUGAGUUGUGAAUAUAUGCGACAGCUCACAGACAUUUAUUUCUUCGAGAUUCAACCGGUUUACAAGUUUCUCGACCGAGACAUGGUCGACAGCGCAGUAACCAACUUAGAAUCAGAUGAGGUAUCCGAUCGCUCCACGGAAUCUGUUCUAUUAGGAGUCGCAGCACUGGCAUGCCUUUUCAGUGAACAGGAAACCAAUAUAGAGGAAGAGAUAAUACAGAAUGCUCGGGCUCGUCUUGAAUACUCGACAACCCUGGAAUCACCAACCGUGAACGACGUCGUUGCAUGGCUGCUUCGCGUUAUCUUUCUCCGUUUUACCAGUUCUCCGAAUGCAGCAUGGAUCGCAAGUUGCACCCUUAUGCACAUGAUUGAGACGGUCAAUCUACAUUCGGACCCGCACUCAGGACUUUUGAACGCAUCUUCGGAUGGUUGGUACACCCCGCGAUUAAAGCGGCAGAUUUAUUGCACCGCUAGAAUAUUUCAUACCUGGAUCUCAUACGAGUAUGGGAAGCCUCGUGUCAUGCCUCUGGAUACUUCGCAUGAUACUCCAUUGGAAGGAUGGACAGUAGUGGAUCAAGUCAUUUGGCGUCUUUCCGAUGCCCUCGAUCCCAAUCUACACGUCGAGUCCGUGGAGUUGGAGGAUAUGCUUCGUCAAGUCGUUGAGAUCCAGCCUCUUCAUCCAGCAGUACAGCUCAAACGUUGUAACAUCGCCCUGUGCAUAUAUCGCAGACUUCGAGUGACGGGACGCACGAUAUCAAAAGAAGCCAUUGAUCAAAUACUGCGGAUAGUGGACGACGGAAUACAUCAUGCGACGGAGAUGGCGAAGAGAAAAUUGCCUUGGUGGCAUAUUUUGAAUGUUCCAUUUCAAACUAUUUGCGUUUUACUCGCAAUUGAUACCAAGGAAUCUUUACAGCGUGUUGGAAACUCUUUCCAGACGCUGCAAUUGAUUGCUCGCGAAUAUGGGACCGAGGCUAUCGACAGGACGUGGGAUAGUGCAUGCACUUUGCUCGCAUUACAAAGUCAGAGGAAAAGGGAAGACUUGGAAAUGCUGACACGGAUUGAGGGUGACUUGAUAGCAGGCGAACCUCCCGGGGUAGACUUGAAUCUAUCUCAAGAAUUUCAUGAAGACUUGCUCAACCCCGGGGUGCUUUGGGACUUGGAUCAGAUUUUGUCUACCAACAUAUGCGGUCUCUAA